UGUUGUCUAGUCUCAUCACAUUUACAAGCUCCAUCCAUUUCCUAGCAAAGACCCAUCAACACAUGGCAGCCAUGACAAUCACCGCCUCCAGCUUCCUCAAGACCUCAUUCCCUGUCGUUUGCCUUCCGACAGCCACUCAUUCCCCCUCCCGCGCCUCCACCCGGCGCGUCGCGGCCAUCUGCAACUCCAUCUCCUCCUCUACCCCUCCCUAUGAUCUCAAUUGCUUCAAGUUCAACCCCAUGAAAGAAUCCGUCGCCUCCCGCGAGAUGACCCGUCGGUACAUGACCGACAUGAUCGCCGACGUCAACACAGAUGUCAUCAUCAUCGGAACUGGCUCCGCGGGGCUGUCCUGCGCGUACGAGCUCUCGAAGGACCCGUCUGUCAACAUCGCCAUCGUUGAACGGUCCGUUUCCCCCGGCGGAAGCGGCUGGCUCGGCAGCCAGCUCUUCUCCGCCAUGGUCGUGCGCAAGCCGGCACACCUCUUGCUCGAUGAGAUAAACAUCGAGUACGACGAGCAGGAGGACUAUGUCGUCAUCAAGCAUGCUGCGCUCUUCACCUCCACCCUGUUGAGCCGGCUCCUCGCGCAGCCCAAUGUGAAGCUCUUUAACGCCGUUGUCGUGGAAGACUUGGUUGUCAAAGAGAAUCGCGUCGCCGGUGUGAUCACGAACUGGGCGCUCGCAUCGAUGAACCAGGACAUAAAAUCUCACAUCGACCCAAACGUCAUGGAAGGCAAGAUCGUUGUAAGCUCCUGCGGCCACGAGGGGUUAUUCAGUGCCAACGGAGUCAAACGGCUCGAGGACAUUGGAACGAUCAACACUAUGCCCAGAAUGAAAGCGCUUGAUGUGAACACUGCCGAGGAUGCAAUUGUCUCCUUGACCCGCGAGGUCGUCCCAGGUAUGAUCGUUGCUGGCAUUGAGGUUGCCGAGAUCGAUGGCCCCCAUAGAAUGCUUCCAACGUUCGGUGCCACGAUCAUCUCCGGCCAGAAGGCAGCGCACCUGGCACUCAAGGCGCUCGGCCGGCCGAACGACAUCGACGAACAACGAUACUCAAGGGAGUCGAGGCGCUACACCCGGCGACUGUCCUAGUGUCGACGAGCAAUGUGACACCGUGGACGCCUGAACGACAGAGGUGACUCCAAAGCGUCUGCUAGUAUCUGGUUUGGGGCAACAACCAAUAAGAUGGUUUGAUGAAUCAAAGGAAUAUUUUAUAUGUAAUUUGUCAACUUUGCGUUUAAUUCCCAUGUUCAUCUCUACUAGCACUAGUGGUUUCUUGAUGUUAGCGUCUUGUUCAUAGCACCGCUGCCGUGUGUCCUUCGGAGUGACGCCAACUCCAUGGAUCCUUCUGGAACAAGUUGAGAGAAUAAAAUGGUUGGGUUGCCUCU